CGCGAACGGUCGAAACAAAAUGAUUCACUAAAAACUGUCCUGAAUUCCUAAGAAUUUAUUUACCGCAAAACUGACAAAGUGUUUAUUUAAAAAAUGAGGUUGAAGGUAGUCCUUUUCUUUCAUUUCAUUCAUUUUCAUUUUCUUUCUUAAGUAUGGCUAACACAAUAUCUAAUCAAUUAAAAGUUUAUAUUUUCACGUGAAAAGUUUCUUUAGAUAAUUAUUAUCAACAUGAUGACUAACUCUUACGGAUUAAUACGUGUCUGUAGGGCAAUCCGGUGGACUUGAUCGGCUUCCUACUUCGAAAGUUGAGUAAUCGGUGUCGCUUUCUUACGCAUCUUUGAACUGUAUAAAUGUUUUAAAAUUGUUUGAUCCAGAAUGUACCACACCGGACAAUCAAGAAGGCAGGUGCCUUGACUACAGAAAAUACGAUCAGUGUGCAGAUACCAGGGCAAUGUUACGAUCGUUUGCUGUCCGAACGAUCCAAACAAAGAGAAGAGAGAAAUUUUAAUAAAAACUGUGUAUAAGUAUAAGGCUUUGCGACCACCAUACUGUGGUUUUAGCAACGUCUCUCAUACCAGGGUGGUGGUCGAUGGUAAACCAGCUGAACUUGAGUAUUUGUACGUAUGUACUUAUCGUCUGCUGUAUGAUCGAAUAUCGAAUAGGUAAUAAUCGUUGUUACUCGUUAUGUGAGAAAAAAUUAUGUAUAUUCACAACUAUGACUAUUGCAUUUUAGGCGUUUGGCCAUGGAUCGUUGCAUUAGGUUUUCGUAAUCCCCGAAACCCAGACAAACCACUAUGGAAGUGCGGAGGUUCCCUGAUAUCGGCUAGGCAUGUUUUGACCGCAGCACAUUGUGCACAUAUGGAUGGAAUAGAAAACAUACACAAUCAUAAUAUUGCCAUUCUUAGAUUGGUGGAGGAGGUGCCAUUUUCGAGGUACGUAUAUCCCAUUUGUACGAAAGAGCUCCUGCGAAAGAGCAACUUCGUCGGCUAUAACCCCCUUGUUGCUGGAUGGGGAGCAUUAAGAUAUAGACGACCACGACGUAAUGCAUUAAUGGAAGUACAAAUGCCAGUGAUUAAGAACGCCGAAUGCAAAAUAGCUUAUUCCAAAUUUCCUAAUGCACCUGAUGUCACUGAUGGUAUAAUAUGCGCCGAACGUGCUCAGGGUGGAAAGGAUUCUUGUACGGCUGACCGCGGCGGACCACUGCUGAUACAACAUGAAUUAACCUCGUAUUUAAUAGAUUAUAGAUUCCUAUACGACUCUCAGUAAAAAUUUAUCCGCACUCCAGAUAGUUAAAACUUCUGUCGACCGUAUUGAUCCAUCUGCACUCUUCGUAUGACGUCAAUAUCUGUUCAGUGCUGCUGCGCAGGUUUCUUUGUGUUACGUCAAUUCGUUUGUGACCGUUGCGCGAGUAAUGGCGCUUUGCAAUGGUGAUUUGCAGGAAAACAGUGCAGAAUGCUGUGAUUCGUUUCUUGUGGUCGGAGGUUAUGUUUGAUGCCUAUAUUUAUCAAAGAUUUAAUGCACAUUAUGGAGAAAGUGUUUUGUCACGAAGUGUGUUUGAAUGGGCACAAAGGUUCAAAGAAGAUCGCACAAGUGUUAUGAAAAAACAGGUGGACGCCCGUCCACAUCCACGUUGACAACAUUGAACGUGUUCAUGAACUUAUGCUCUAUGGAAUAGACGAGUGACACUGGAUAAUGUGGCAAAUCAUUUGCAAAUCAGCCACGGCUCUGCUUAUGCAAUAGUGCACGACAGAUUUGGGUUUUAAAAAGUUUGUGCGAGAUGGAUGCCGAAAAAGCUGAUGAAAAGGUGAAGACGACGAUGCAUUCGUGGUUCGCAGCUCAGCCCAAAACAUUUUUUAAUGAGAAAAUACGAAGGUCCUUCGGCAAAUGGACAAAGUGUAUACAGAAAUUGAGUGAUUAUGUCAAAAAAUGAUGUAUGUCUUUUUUGACAAUUGCUUAAAAUAAAUUCUACACCGACA